AUGUCUCACCUCCUCUGUGCCUUACUGUCCUUGCUUUCCUUUGCUGCUCUACUGGAAAGUGCCCAGUGGAAACUGCAGGAAAAUGUGUUUGUCAUAGAAUCCCAGUGGGACACCGAGGCCCCGGCCACCAACGUGGAGCUCACCUGUGACACCUCAGAGGAAGGAGUUUACUGGGAAAAGGACUCGGAAUGGAAACAAGAAGGGAAGACUCUGAGGGCUGCAGUGAAGGAAUUCCCUGAUGCUGGAAACUACACCUGCCUGAGCCAGCAGAGCCACCAGGUGCUGAGCUCCCACCUCCUCCUCAUUGCCAAAAUCAACUCCCAGGGCCACAUGGUGAGGUGGAUCCUCAAAAGUUUUGAAGAGUCCAAUAAGACAUUUCUGAAGUGUGAGGCAAAGAACUACUCUGGAAUUUUCACGUGUUCCUGGAUGACAGAAAAUACGAGCCCAAAUGUGAAGUUCACCAUCAGAAGCCUGCAAGGCCCCCAGGCUGGCGUGUCCUGCAGCAGCCCCGUGGCUGUCACCGAGGGGGCCCUGACCACCUUCACAGCGCAGUGCCAGCAGCACAACUUCUGUCCCUUCGCUGAGGAGCUCCAGCCCAUCGACAUCUUCCUGGAGGCCAUUGACGUGGUGGAGUACGAGAACUACACCUGCAGCUUCUUCAUCAGGGACAUCCUAAAGCCUGACCCUCCCCAGUGUCAGUACGUGGCCACCAAUGGAACAGUGACCUGGACAUAUCCCAGAACCUGGAGCACCCCAAACUCCUACUUCCCUUUGACUUUCAAGGUCAAAGUUAAAAGACAAGCAAAGAAACACAAAUACCAGGUGUACGACACAGAGGAGCAGUCCCUGCAGCUGCAGAGCCCCGGGCCAGCUCAGGUGUGGGUGCAGGCCAGGGACUGCUGCUACCUGUCCUCCUGGAGCGACUGGUCCUCCAUGUGCAGGUAA